CAUAAGCUUGUAGAGUGACCGGACUUAGCGGACGAUCAACAGUGAAAAUCGAAGCCGAAAACUCGAGGGGUUUAUCCCGUACAGAUUACUGGUAUCACUAUCAAGCGCCAAGGAAGAUAUCUGCAACGAAAGUUUGAUGGAAAAACUGUCAUUCCUUUCAAGUGACAAACCAUAACCUUCUUCCCUCAAUUUCAUGAUAAGGAUCAAGUAAUUUAGACAGUAUAAUGAAGAUCUGUGGAUCAUCUUCAAUGGGAGUUCUGUAGAAGUAGAUCUUUCAAAACAUCAUCUCAAAAGGCCUUAUCUUUGGGCUGUCCUGUCAUACUGGCAAAAGUUCCUUUAUAUUUUGUGGUGGUCUUCUAUUGUUGCCAUGCAAAGGCAGAGCCUACUCUACCCAAGGGUCUCUUUCAACUUCCAAAAGAUCCCAUAUGGACUACUUUGUUCUGGAGUUCUUUGUGCUUUUUCAAGCUUGCUUCCUUAUAGGAAGUAUGGUAGAUUUUGGCUAGUGAGGGAAAAAUUUCCAGCAAUCAUGGAGACAACAAAAGUGAACAAUCUAAAGAUGGGUACUGCCUUUCAAGGCAUUGGAAGUAUGCCUAACAAAGAUCAAGGAGAGUUGACUGAUGAAGAUGAUGACCUUUGUCCUGUUGAAUGUGUGAGAGAAUUUAAGACUGAUAAAGAAUUCUUCAAGAUACUGGAGAAGGCCAGGGAAACUGAUUCUUUAGUUGUAGUAGAUUUUUAUCGUACUUCAUGUGGAAGCUGCAAGUAUAUAGAGCAGGUGUUCUCAAAAUUAUGCAAAGGAUCUGGAGAUCAGGAAGCUUCUGUAAUCUUCUUAAAGCACAAUGUUAUAGAUGAGUAUGAUGAACAAUCUGAGGUAGCUGAGCGCCUGAGAAUCAAGGCAGUCCCCCUCUUCCACUUCUACAAAGAUGGAGUGCUGUUGGAAGCAUUCCCAACCAGAGACAAGGAGAGGAUAACUGCUACUAUUCUUAAAUAUACAACUCCUGCAUCCGAAGACAUCAAAAUCGAUUAGGUUAUAUUUAUGUGCUUUAACUUCAUCAUGUAUUCAGAAUGAGAUUAAUGCUUAUUCACAAUCUUAGAGUUAUUGGAAGACUCGUAUUGUUUGAUACGUGUAUUUGGUGGUCAGCUGGAUCAUUGCACAUGGUCUCAUUGUUGUGCGAAUAAUCCUUGGACCAUUUGUUUCUCUUUCUCUCUCUAUUUUUGUUUUUCUGAUAAUUAUACUUGUACUGUUAUUGAGAAAGAAAAAGUAAUCACAGAAACCAAGUAUUGUUGUUACA